UGCAUACUAGGCAUGACAUGUUUUUGUUUCCAUAAGUUCGUUCAACUCGGAAAUAUAUUGACGAAUUCUGUGAAAGUUUUUACUGGUACAUUGAGAAGCUAGAAUGAGUGAAAAUUUUAAUAUAUUCACGUAAAAAUCAAAGAAAUAAAGUCUAAUAACGAUGGAGGAAUUCACUCCAACAAUGAAGGUAGAAGAAUUCACUCCAACAAUAAAGGUAGAAGAACUUAUAAUACCCGACACUUUAGCUACGGAAGAGAAAAUCUUGCUCACUAGUAGCGAUUGGUGCUCCGGUAAACCGAACGUUACGAACGCCUUGAAGGAAGGUUCAGCUGAUGUAAAACAAGAACCUACGAUGGACAUAACCGAUGAAGUUGAAACUAACGCAGCUUGUGAUGAAAUUGCAGUUUCUUACUCCAGUAACUCUAAAGAUUCAGAACGACCACAUCUUUCGUCACACACGAAAGAACACAACCCAGAUUACUCCUAUAAGUGCUCAUUUUGUGAUCAAAGAUAUUCAUGUGAAUGGCGCCUCACUAAACACAUGCACACGCACAGUGAUGAUCGACCCUUCAAAUGCGACAUCUGUAAAACAUCGUACAAGAGAGCUAGAUCUUUCAAGCGUCAUGUCUGCAAAUUGAACUUAUCCUCCACGAGUAAAAAAAUAUUUUAUAGGUCAAUAGCCGACGAAAAACUAAUCGAACUUGUUAGAGGUCACCCUGUUUUGUUCGAUUUGGGAGAUGCCCGAUUUUUGGACUCGCGCCACAAAACGAAGAUCUGGAACAAAAUCGCUGAAGAAUUAGGAUCAGAAGCUAAUGAUUGUAAGUCGAGAUGGAACAACAUCCGGGACCAAUACCGCAAGACACUGAAAAGAGAGGUAACGAGAAGUGGUCAAGCGGCCGCCAGAAUCCGGCCCUACAAAUAUAAGCAUCUUUUGACAUUUAUUACGCCAACUUCUGAGGAACCCGAAACAAUAAGUAAUAUUGAGCCUGAGGAGCCGCUUGCUAUCUCGGGCACUGAGCCAGGCAGCGAGAGAGAAAUAGAUACGCAGGAAGAGCCGUUGACUUCAACUGCUCCAAUUAGCGAACCAGCGCCAGAUCCGAAGGCUUAUUCAAAGCCACGAGGAAGGAAUUCCUGUAAAGAGAACAGUGCAUCAGCACAAUUGAUGAAAUAUCUGAUUUCCAAAAAAAGCUCCAAUCAAUCAAAAGAGGAUUCACAUCCAGUGGAUGCAUUUUUGUCGGGUAUUGCUCCGAUCCUCAAAUCAUUGGAUCCAAUUAAUUUGAAUAAAGCCAGGGCAGAGAUUUUCGCAACGGUUCAGAAGUACGAAUUGGUCAUGCUAAUGCAAGAAAAUAAUACCCAUUGCAAUCAAGCCCCAUCAAGCUCUACCACAAUUUCUCCACCGCCUGCUUCUCAUUUUCCAAUGAUGUCAUCAUUAUCUCCAGUGUCAUCAUCAUCUCGUAUGUCGUCCCCACAAUGGUCACCGCCCCGAAAUUCAUCACCAUAACGUAAACCAUCACCUCCACCGAAAUCACUUUCGCCAGACACCAGAUCCCGCACCACGAGCUCCAACACCGCCGCCACCGCAAGAGAUCCGAAAAAUGAAGCGUUUUAGAAUCAGUCAAUGUUCACCCCGUUCUCUUACGACUUUUUAAGAAAUUUGUAAUUCACCAUGUCUAGAACUUGAGUCAUUACGAUAAUUCAGUAAUGCUUAUGUACAACUAUAAUCCAUUUCAAAUCGUCUUGAGGUAACAAAGGGUUAUACAAACAAAACGUACUGUUACGUCUAGUACUAAGAAGUUAUAUAGUAAAUCCGAAAAGCAUUAACAAUAAAUUCAAAAACCUUAA